AUGCAGAACCGUGGCUUUUUCCAUGCAUCGGUAACCGGUGAUACGAUUGUUUCUGAAAAGAAAAAAACAGUCAAAUUCAGCUUUGAAGCCACAACCGGACCGCAAUACAAGAUCAAUGAAAUAAACUUCCCGCCAGACACUACGGAGGCGAUCAGUAAAGAGAUCGUACGCAGUAAAAGACGCACAUUACUAAAGCCCGGUAACCCCUAUGACCUGGACAUGAUCAAGGCAGAACAUGGCCGCAUUGACCUAUGGUUAAAGAACCGCGGAUACUAUUACUUCAAUCCCGGCUACCUGCUCACACGCGUAGAUUCCGGACGGGGAGAGCAUAAAGUAGACAUGUAUGUGAAGCUGAAAGAAGUAACUCCUGAUAACGAUAAACAACCUUACCGCAUCAAUAAUAUCUGGGUGUAUCCCACCUACUCCAUUGAAGCAGACUCUAUGUUAUCCGAAGCGCCCUCCAAGCGUUUUGAGGAUUAUAAUAUCAUUGACCCUGACAAUGUUUUUAAACCGCAGGUCUUUAAGCGUAUGCUCAUUUUCCAUCCGGGAGAUGUGUACAGCCGCAGAGAUCACAACCUCUCGCUGAACCGCCUGGUAAACCUGGGUUGCGGAGCAGGCAGCUACAAUGGCAUGAAUAGCGCUCGUCUUGAAGUAGACAACAAAUGGGCACAGGUACAGAGUGCCUACCAACGGCGCGCUGACUUGAUUCCGAACCUCGUAUCUACUGUAAAAGGAGCUGCUGAGUUUGAGAAAUCCACCUAUGUACAGGUAGCCCAGGCCCGUGCAGGUAACCUUGUAGAUGCCGCUAAAGUAAGUGCAGACGAACUGACUCCGGAAAAACUGGCAGCCAUUCAAAAGGCCAAUGCAGAAGCCCAGCAGGCCAUGCGCAUGGCGAUCAAUAUAGCCGUUGAGCGUUACCCUGACCUGAAAGCAACUCAGAAUUUCUCCGGCCUGCAAACGCAACUGGAAGGCACUGAAAACCGUAUCAACCUGUCGCGCAAUGAAUUCAACGAAGCGGUAAAAUCAUUUAACCUGAAAGUCACCAACUUCCCGGGGAAUAUAAUGGCCGGCAUCUUUGGCUUCAAGCAAAAACCAAUGUUCCAGUCUGAUCCCGGUGCAGAAAAAGCGCCACAGGUACAAUUCUAA